GCACAUCAUAAUACACUGAUAAUCAGGGACUCCUGUUUGCAGGGUAGUUAGGAGAAGCAUAUCCUUAUUUCUUUUGUACAAAACUGGACAUAUUUACAAAAAUUGUGAGUUUGACAGCAAAUAUGCACCAAAGAUCUUUUCAACAAUCUUUCCGUUCUGCUUCGGAGAGCAAAGGAGGACGUGGAUCAUCAGGAAAGAUGUUCUUUGUGGCAGGGGCCAAAAAUACAGCAGGAUCUGGGAGAGGAAAUGAAAGGAGGUCAAUCUACCAGAAAUUUCGUGAAGUAGAUUUAUUGGACAAGAAGAAGACGGUGACAGCUCUGAAGCCUGGAGAAGAUCGGGCCAUUCUCCUUGGUCUUGGAAUGAUCCUCUCAUCUGUCAUGAUGUACUUUGUCCUGGGGAUCACCAUAUUACGCUCCUAUGCGGACAGUGUGUGGACAGAGGAGGGUGUGUGUGUUGUUCUCAACUCCACGGUCACAGCAGACAGGAACUGUUCCUACAACUGUGGGUCAGACUGCUGGAGAGUCUCCAAAUACCCCUGUCUGCAGGUCUACGUGAGCGUCAAUAACACGGGCCGUGUCAGCCGUUUAUCUCACAAUGAAGAGACCCAGGACGCCAGCUCCGAAUGUUUCUAUGUGCCCAGGUGCCAGAAGGACAGCGUGGCCGUGCACACCAUGAUUAUGAACAUCUCUGAGCGCCUGAAGGUGAAGCAGCAGGUCCCCUGUUACUAUGACCCGAGCGAGCAGCAGGAGACCGUUCUCCUGACCCGGCUGUAUGACCACAGCGUCGUCUUGCACUCGCUGCUCUGGCCCUCCUGCAUGCUCACAGGAGGGGCCCUCAUCAUCGUGAUGGUGAAGCUCACACAGUACCUCUCCAGACUGUGUGAGGAGAUAGGGAAGAUCAAGAGGUGA